AUCGGGAGGCGAUAGAAAAGGAAUUAGACGUUGGGGGCGGACCUUUAAUUCCAAUUUAAUGGGGCCAUCCCCCUCUGAAAUCCCCAUUAUGCCCCCCCAGCCCCACCAACAGGAAAAUUCCCAAUAAAGACGACGUUCUUAUUUUUGCCCUGUUGGAGUGGCAAGUCAUAUGACGUCGGGAGCUGCGUAUAAAACCUCGCGCUCGGAAAAAGAAGCCUUCGUCCUCAGCAAUUCGAAUUAUCGAGUUUCUCCCUGAACGAGACCGAGGAGCCUCGCGAUACCCUCGGGAAAAGGUGCGAUUUUUUUAUCGUGGGGAUUUCGCUUCGCGGAGCGCUGAAGAGAGAGAUCAGAAUGGGGGAACCCGCUUGCCUCCGGAGGUCCUUCUCUCAUCCUUCCCCCGCUUCCCGUGAAGCCGCGCUGGGUGACGCGAUGCGCGCCCUCACCGAGUCCGUCUCGCUUGGAAGAUUUAUGUCCGAGUCGUUGGCUUGGGAGAAAUGGUCGACCUUCUCUCACAAUCGUUACCUGGAGGAAGUCGAGAAAUUCUCGAAGCCAGGAUCCGUCGCGCAGAAGAGAGCUAUUUUGAAGCACAUUACAAGAAGAAGGCUGCAGCACAAGCGGCAUCACAGAUUGAGGAGGUGGGAGAACCAAACUUUGAUGUUCCAGGGCAGUUGAAUAUCCAGGCACGAGGGGAUGAGUCUACAGGGGAAUUGGGAUCGGUGAAAGGCGAUGCUCUUGAUGCCCAUGAUGAGAAUCUGAAGAAAGAUAGUGUUGAAGUUAUGUCAGCUUCCUCUGGUGAUAAAAAUCAAUUAAAUCCGAUCAAUGAAAGAAGCAAACUGGAGAUAGCAGAGGUUGCAGGUCCUGAGAAUGUAAAAUCUGAGCUUGAUGAAAAGCACUUGUCUCCAUCUGAAGACCAGAAUCACUUUGAUAAUCCGGAGUUCACUGCAAAGAGUAUGACUUCCCAAAAUGACAAUGUGCCAGAUAAGGCACCUGUUGCUCAGCAGAUUUUAACUUCGUGUGAUAAAAAGCAAGCGCUUUCUUCCUCGAAGUCAGCAACUCGAAGCAGAGCGCCGAGAUUGCCACUUCCACAUGCAAAGGCAACGAUGUCUAUGCAACCAAGAGCUCCAAGACAUGUAAACGAUGCUGUCCUGAACAGUCAGACUCAGACAGUCAGAAGCUCAGUUAAGGAAAAUAGAAUACCUUCGAAAUCUCUCCACAUGUCAAUCAAUUUUGCUUCACUUGGUGGUAGUAGCACUAAAUUGGGUUCUCCGCAGUCUCUAAAAGUCAGGAAAAAAGAAGAGUGCACCACUUCCCCGAAAAUCAAGAAAGACAAUUCAGUUGCUCAGCAAGCUCAAACUCGAGCAUCUCUAAGGAAGUCAGUUUGUUCUGCAACUGUUCCUGCAUCGCAAGAUAAGAGCUUGAAACGCUCUAGUAUAAAUGGAAGCAAAGCUCGAUCAACAACUGUGUGCUCGCCUUUUAGCUUCAGGAGUGAAGAAAGAGCUGCAAAAAGAAAGGAGAAGCUGGAAGAGAAGAACACAGUUAUGAAGGCAGAAGUGCAGCCACUGCAAACACACAAGGGUAAAGCACAGCAAAAUAUCAGAAAACUACAGUAUGGAUUUGGUUUCAAAGCAAACAAGAAUGAUGAAUCAUGUCAAGGAUCUCAAUCACCAUGCACUAAGAGCAAGUGCUCGCCUCCUAGACCACAACUCUCUAAACUCGAAAGUCAGCCAACUCCUGACAAAUGCCAAAACACAAGAUCUCGGCCUUCUCAACGUAUCAAGAUCAAUGCUGAGAGCUCCAGCCAUGUGAACCACAAAAUUAGCCGAAGUAUUACCAAUCAUCAGACGUUUUUACCACAGAAGAAUGUGCAAGAAAAUGCUUCUCCAAACAUCCAGGUGUAAGCAGGUGAAACAGGGGCAGUAUUCAAAAAAUAGCUUUUUCAUGGCGGCCAACACUGAGGUGAUUAAACCUUUCAUGACCGCCAGAUCUCUGAAAUUUUGGACAUAUAUAAUCAAUGAUGUUGAACAAUCUUAGUCUCAUGUGAAGGAUCCAUAGCAUGCACUUGUAUAGAUUCUGCUACUUGUCAUGAGGCUAGUUUCUGCUUCAUAGAAAGGGGUUCUUUGUUCGGCUGUUAUGAAUAAAAGAAGUCUUCUUCCCUACAAAAGUUGGUGGAAAUAAAAGAUAAGAGAAAACAGAACAA